AUGGCACCUCGCGACAUGUCGCAUGAGCCCGCAGGCACCCCCGAAGCCGUCGAGCGCGGCUAUGCCACUCUGGCCCAACUGAGGGUUGGAGUGAAGGCGUUCGUUGAGAAGGAUGGCGAAAAACGCAAAGCCGAGAUUCUUUCCAUCCAGCACCGCCAAGGAAAGCCUCGCUUCUACGUCCACUAUGAGGAGUUCAACAAGCGUUUGGAUGAGUGGAUUGCCGCAGAGCGUAUCGAUCUCAGCCGUGAGGUCGAGUGGCCGGCCCCGGAGAAACCGGACAAGAAGAAGUCAUCUGCCAGUAAAAACCAAACCUCCAAAACCGAUAGCCAAAAGUCUUCGAAGAACAACAAGCGCCAGCGGUCCAAGCUAGAUCGUGAGAUUUCGUCCACUCCCGGCCCCGAGCCGACUUCUGCCAAUAUCCCCGGAAAGCGUCCCCAGCCCUCAACAGCUGGCGGCAAGGAGAACAAGGAAUCCGGUGUCAUUGUUUCCACAGAACUCGCUGAUGGCGAGACACCCCGUCCUGAUGAUGAUGAGAUGGACUUGGUUGAUGUGCAGGAUGCUGCCGCCGCUGCGAAAGCCGUCCCAAACGAGAUAUUUUCACGCGAGGAUGAGAUUGAAAAGCUGCGCACGUCUGGAUCCAUGACCCAGAACCAAACUGAAAUCUCUCGCGUCAGGAACCUGGAACGCAUCCAGAUGGGCCAGUUCGAAGUUGAGCCGUGGUACUUUUCUCCCUACCCGGUCGAAUUCACCGAAAUAGACAUGGUCUAUAUCUGUGAGUUCUGCUUGGGUUACUUUGGCGAACAAAAACAGUUCGAACGUCAUCGGUCCAAGUGUGAGCUGUUCCAUCCUCCGGGGAAUGAGAUCUACCGUGACGACUACGUCAGCUUCUUCGAGAUCGAUGGCAGAAGACAGCGGACAUGGUGCCGCAACCUUUGCUUGCUAUCGAAACUAUUCCUGGACCACAAGACGCUGUACUACGAUGUCGACCCCUUCCUCUUCUACUGCAUGUGUACACGCGAUGAACAUGGCUGUCACCUGGUCGGUUACUUCUCGAAAGAAAAGGAAAGCGCCGAAGGAUACAACGUUGCCUGUAUCUUGACCUUGCCGCAGUAUCAACGGAAAGGUUUCGGAAAGCUGCUCAUCGCCUUCUCGUACGAGUUGUCUAAGCGCGAAGGCAAACUCGGCAGUCCUGAGAAACCUUUGUCCGAUUUGGGUCUGCUGGGUUACCGUGCGUACUGGCAGGAGACUAUCGUGGACUUGCUGAUGGACGGUCGUGCCGAUGCCAACGUGGAGGAGCUCGGUGCGUUGACAGCCAUGACAACAAAUGACGUGCUGCAUACACUGCAGAACCUCAACAUGCUCCGGUACUCUAAAAAUCAACACGUCAUCGUCCUCACAGACGCUGUCAUUGAACAGCGUAACCGCCAGAAGGAGAAGGAGAAGAUCAAAGGUAGACGCGGUAUUGACCCCGAGAGGCUGCAGUGGAAGCCCCCGGUGUUCACGGCGUCGUCAAGGACCUGGAACUGGUGA